GUGACCGGGCGCAGUGGCCGCGGGGAGGGGGUCCGCUUCGUCGCCGACGGCGGGAGGACGCUUCACAGCGCAGACCGUCCCCCUCCCCUGCCGGUCUUCCGCGCCGCGCUCCCUUGUUCUCGCCCUGCCGGGCUGCACGCCGCCGCCGCCGCAGGCGCCGACAGCGGAGCGCAGACGCCCCUGCGCCCGGUGCGGCCCGGGCCCCGUCGCGGCGCCUCUGUUCCCACAGCCCGAAGCCGCGACGCGCGGCAGCGGACCCUCGAGCCCGAGCGACCCGCGGCCGCCGGCGCCGGCCGAGGGCGAUGGGGCUGGGCUGAGGAGAGGCGGCGGCGGCGGUGGCGAAAGCGGCCCCCCGGCCCCCUGCGGCCUUUUGGCUGCCCGGGCCGGGAGGCCGCGGGCAAGUCAGCACGGCGGCGCGGCUGGUCUGACAGAAGCAUCCUAGGAUCUUGGUGUCUGGACAUAAGAGUUAUCUUCACCUGUUGUGAAGCACAGCACCUUUCAAGCCACUGUAGAAAUGGACAAAGAAGAAAGGAAGACUAUCAACAAGGGUCAAGAAGAUGAAAUGGAGAUACAUGGCUAUAACUUAUGUCGCUGGAAGCUUGCCAUGGUUUUUGUAGGGGUGAUUUGUACCGGUGGUUUUCUCCUCCUCCUCCUCUACUGGAUGCCUGAGUGGCGAGUGAAAACCACAUGUGUUAGAGCUGCAGUUAAAGACUGUGAAGUGGUGCUUCUCAGGACGACUGAUGAAUUUAAAAUAUGGUUUUGUGCAAAAAUUCACUUUCUUCCUCUGGAUAAUCAACCAAAUUUGAAUGCAAAAUCUUUAGUUAAUAAGGUUCCUAAUGGCCAUGCUGUUCGUCUGACUGAAGAAAAUAGAUGCGAGAUGAAUAAAUACUCACAGAGUCCGUCACAACAGAUGCGUUAUUUUACCCACCAUAGCAUAAGAUAUUUCUGGAAUGAUGCCAUUCACAAUUUUGAUUUCUUAAAGGGACUGGAUGAAGGUGUAUCUUGUGCAUCAAUUUAUGAAAAGCAUAGUGCAGGACUGACAAAGGGGAUGCAUGCCUACAGAAAGUUGCUCUAUGGAGUAAAUGAAAUUGCUGUGAAAGUGCCUUCUGUUUUUAAACUUCUAAUUAAAGAGGUUCUCAACCCAUUUUACAUUUUCCAACUGUUCAGUGUUAUCCUGUGGAGCAUUGAUGAAUACUAUUACUAUGCUCUAGCCAUUGUGAUUAUGUCCAUAGUAUCCAUUAUAAGUUCACUAUACUCCAUUAGAAAGCAAUAUGUUAUGUUACAUGACAUGGUGGCAACUCACAGUACUGUGAGAGUUUCAGUCUGUAGAGUAAAUGAAGAAAUAGAAGAAAUCUUUUCUACAGACCUUGUGCCGGGAGAUGUCAUGAUCAUUCCAUUAAAUGGGACAGUCAUGCCUUGUGAUGCAGUACUUAUUAAUGGUACUUGCAUUGUAAAUGAAAGCAUGUUAACAGGAGAAAGUGUUCCAGUGACAAAGACUAAUUUGCCAAAUCCUUCAGUGGAUGUGAAAGGAGUAGGGGAGGAGCAGUACAGUCCAGAGACACACAAGCGGCACACUUUGUUCUGUGGGACGACUGUUAUUCAGACCCGUUUCUACACUGGAGAACUUGUGAAAGCCAUAGUAGUUAGAACAGGAUUUAGUACUUCCAAAGGACAGCUUGUCCGUUCUAUACUGUAUCCCAAGCCAACUGAUUUUAAACUCUAUAGAGAUGCCUAUUUGUUUCUGCUGUGUCUUGUGGUGGUGGCCGGAAUUGGGUUUAUCUACACAAUCAUCAAUAGCAUUCUAAAUGAGAAAGAAGUUAAGGAAAUAAUUAUUAAGUCUCUUGAUAUUAUUACAAUUACUGUGCCACCUGCUCUUCCUGCUGCAAUGACUGCUGGGAUUGUGUAUGCUCAGAGAAGACUGAAAAAAGUUGGGAUUUUCUGUAUUAGUCCCCAGAGGAUAAACAUUUGUGGACAGCUGAAUCUUGUUUGCUUUGACAAGACUGGAACUCUUACUGAAGAUGGUUUAGAUCUGUGGGGAAUUCAGCGAGUGGAAAAUACACGAUUCCUUUUACCAGAAGACAACGUUUGCAGUGAGAUGUUGGUAAAAUCUCAAUUUGUUGCUUGUAUGGCUACAUGUCAUUCACUUACAAAAAUCGAAGGAGUUCUUUCUGGUGACCCACUUGAUUUGAAAAUGUUUGAAGCCAUUGGAUGGAUUCUGGAAGAAGCAACUGAAGAAGAAACAGCACUUCAUAACCGUAUCAUGCCUACUGUGGUUCGUCCUUCCAAACAACUGCUUCCCGAGUCUACAACUGCAGGAAACCAAGAAAUGGAGCUGUUUGAACUUCCAGCUAUUUAUGAGAUAGGAAUUGUUCGCCAGUUUCCAUUUUCUUCUGCCUUGCAACGGAUGAGUGUGGUUGCAAGGACACUAGGUGACAAGAGGAUGGACGCUUACAUGAAGGGGGCCCCCGAGGUCAUCGCCAGUCUCUGUAAACCCGAAACAGUUCCUGUUGAUUUUGAGAAAGUAUUAGAAGAUUAUACCAAACAAGGCUUCCGUGUCAUUGCUCUUGCACACAGAAAAUUGGAGUCAAAGCUGACCUGGCAUAAAGUACAGCAUAUUAGCAGAGAUGCCAUUGAAAACAAUAUGGAUUUUAUGGGAUUGAUUAUAAUGCAGAACAAAUUGAAGCAGGAAACCCCUGCAGUACUUGAAGAUUUGCAUAAAGCCAACAUUCGAACUGUCAUGGUCACAGGAGACAACAUGUUGACGGCUGUCUCUGUGGCCAGAGACUGUGGGAUGAUUCUACCUCAGGAUAAAGUUAUUAUUGCUGAAGCAUUACCUCCAAAGGAUGGGAAAGUUGCCAAGAUCAAUUGGCAUUAUACAGACUCCCUGACACAGUGCAGUGAAUCAUCAGCCAUUGACUCAGAGGCUAUUCCAAUUAAACUUGCCCAUGAUAGUUUAGAGGAUCUUCAGGUGACUCGCUACCAUUUUGCAAUGAAUGGAAAGUCCUUCUCAGUGAUCCUGGAACAUUUUCAAGAUCUCGUUCCUAAGUUGAUGUUGCAUGGCACUGUGUUUGCUCGAAUGGCACCAGAUCAGAAGACACAGUUGGUGGAAGCACUGCAGAAUGUAGACUAUUUUGUUGGGAUGUGUGGCGACGGUGCAAAUGAUUGUGGUGCUUUGAAGAGGGCACAUGGUGGCAUUUCCUUAUCUGAGCUUGAAGCUUCCGUGGCAUCUCCUUUUACUUCUAAGACACCUAGUAUCUCCUGUGUGCCAAACCUUAUCAGGGAAGGCCGUGCUGCUUUAAUGACGUCUUUCUGUGUGUUUAAAUUUAUGGCGUUAUACAGCAUCAUACAAUACUUCAGCGUUACUCUCCUGUAUUCUAUCUUGAGUAACCUGGGAGACUUUCAGUUUCUCUUCAUUGAUCUGGCAAUCAUUUUGGUAGUAGUAUUUACAAUGAGUUUAAAUCCUGCCUGGAAAGAGCUUGUGGCACAGAGACCACCUUCAGGCCUUAUAUCCGGGGCGCUCCUCUUCUCCGUCUUGUCUCAGAUUGUGAUCUCCGUUGGAUUUCAGUCACUGGGUUUUUUCUGGGUCAAGCAGUAUAAAGUGUGUGAUCCAUAUUCAGAUGUUUGUAAUACAACAAGAAGCGCAUGUUGGAACUCAUCACACUUAUACAAUGGGACUGAACUCGAUUCGUGUAAAAUACAAAAUUAUGAAAAUACCACAGUGUUUUUUAUCUCCAGUUUUCAGUACCUCACAGUGGCAGUUGCCUUUUCAAAAGGAAAACCAUUCAGGCAGCCUUGCUACAAGAAUUAUUUUUUUGUUAUAGCUGUGAUUAUUUUGUAUGUUUUCAUAUUAUUCAUCAUGUUGCAUCCAGUUGCCUCUGUUGACCAGGUUCUCGAGAUUAUGUGUGUACCAUACCAGUGGCGCAUAUACAUGCUUAUCAUUGUUCUUAUCAAUGCCUUCGUGUCUAUCACGGUGGAGGAGUCAGUGGAUCGAUGGGGAAAAUGCUGCUUGUCCUGGGCCUUGAGCUGUAGAAAGAAGACUCCAAAAGCAAAGUACAUGUACCUGGCACAGGAGCUCCGCUUCGAUCCUGAGUGGCCGCCUAAGCCGCAGACAACGACGGAGGCCAAAGCUGUAGUAAAGGAGAAUGGAUCAUGUCAGAUCAUCACCAUAGCAUAGCGAAGACUGCUCUGCUCUGCUCUGCCAGUAGUCAGCAGUGUGUGCUGUUGAGCUUUUCUGACCCUGUGUCAGAAUGGCACCAGUUCAGUUUAUACCCCUCUCAUAAUAUGGCAGUUGAUUAAAACAUGAAACGGUAACAUGUCAUUUGCUACACAGUUAUUAACUAUAAAUCUGGCUAUAUCUUCAUUCAGUAACCUAAAUAUGAUAUAUACUUUAUAUUGGGUAUGAGAGAACUGUGUUUGGGUUUUACAGAUUUUAGCUUUUGACACUAGUUUGCAUCUUUAAUUUUAAUUUUCACAAAUCCCCUUAUUAGAAAGUUCUUUUACAUAUAGGCCCAAAAAUUGUGAUUGUUAAAAAUUAUAGUUGUUAAUUGUGAUUAGCCUUCAGUGAAAAUAGGUUGAAAGCCUAUUUUGAUCCCAGUGUUUUUUCCCAAAGAACUGUAUGUUAAACAUGACCAGUUUUCUUUUAUGACCUGGAGUUAGGAGUGAGUUUGUGUGUUAUUGUUGAUAAAGCAACUCAGGUAAUUUCCAUUUCUGGUUUUAUAUUCUCUGUAUAGCCUGCCUGGGUGUCACUUUCUAGACAGUAAGGUGCUCCACUGCUGUCUUCAGAUGUCCUUCAUAGUAUUCCAUGGGUCCCAUGCAGUAUCUGACGUCAGCAGUCUAGUUAAGCAAAGAACUCUUACUAGAAAGGUUUAUUUCUGAGCCAGGCAUGACAGGCCCCCAAUCCUGCACAGGAGGCUAAGGCGGGAGAAUUGUUCUUAGUUCAAGAAUAGCCUAGAAUAGAUAGUAAAAGCCUGUCUCAGAAUACAUGCAGAGAAAGACUGAGGUUAUUUCUCUUGGCAGUAGAUCUCAUUCAUAUCUCUUCAAACUUUUUUUUUUUGAGACUUUUAUCAUUUUAAAUAUUUCAUAUUUCCUUUCUCCCUCUCCUACCUAAAGGAAUGGAAUGAUGCUGUUUUUGUUUUGUGUUUUGUUUUGACUUAGACCUUAGCCUUGCUAUAUGUCUCUCCUUUGAAUAAUGGGGCUUAAAAGAAUAAUGAAUAUUGAAUUUGAAUGACUUUUACAAAGCAAUAUGAACUUGUAGAACUUGUUUUGUGCCAUUAGGUGGCACCAGAGAUCAUCACAUACCUAUUUUGUAACAAGUGAGCUUGAGAAAAUUAAAUAUAUACAUUUUUAGUCAACCAGAAUGAGGAAAGUAUUUACACAUUUGUGUUUUAUCUGAUUGUGUUCGGUUCUCAAGGAGCUUUCACAAUGCCUUUCUAGGUAGGACCUGCCAGUUUGGCAGUGCUAUAAAAUGAGCCCUAAAUUUAAAAAAAAAAAAAAAAAAAAA